AUGUUGAGCAAAGCUCUGCUUAGUGGAGAACUUGAUCGUAUUUAUGAGGCUCCUGAUAAUCUGCAGCAACUCUUUGCUGUGUGUUCAGGCAGAGAGGCUGAUCUAACUGGGAUUAAAUGGAAGCGAUACGUAUGGCAGGGUCCAACAUCUGCUCCAAUUCUCUUUCCGGUGACGGAGGAGGACCCUAUUUUGAGCAGUUUCAGUCGCUGUCUGAAGGCAGAUGUACUCAGCGUUUGGCGCCGAGACCAGAGACCUGGACGCAGGGAGCUGUGGAUAUUUUGGUGGGGUGAUGACCCCAACUUUGCUGAUCUUAUUCAUCAUGAUCUCUCAGAAGAGGAAGAUGGUGUUUGGGAGAAUGGACUUUCUUACGAAUGUCGCACUCUGCUUUUCAAAGCUGUUCACAACCUGCUGGAGAGGUGUUUAAUGAAUCGCAAUUUUGUGCGCAUUGGGAAAUGGUUUGUGAAGCCUUAUGAGAAAGAUGAAAAACCUAUAAACAAAAGCGAGCACUUGUCCUGCUCCUUCACCUUCUUCUUACACGGAGACAGCAAUGUUUGCACCAGUGUGGAAAUCAGCCAGCACCAGCCCGUGUACCUGCUCAGCGAGGAACACCUCACUCUGGCCCAGCAGUCCAACAGCCCUUUUCAAGUUAUUCUAAGUCCCUUUGGAUUAAAUGGCACGCUCACAGGGCAGUCGUUCAAGCUUUCUGAUUCAUCGACAAAAAAGCUUAUUGGUGAAUGGAAACAAUUCUAUCCUGUCACAUCCAACUUGAAGGAGGGAUCUGAGGAAAAACAAGAAGAAAUGGACUGGGAGGAUGAUUCUUUAGCAGCUGUUGAAGUCCUUGUUGCUGGUGUGCGGAUGGUGUACCCGGCGUGCUUCGUUCUGGUUCCUCAGACAGACAUCCCUGCCCCCAGCACUGUGGGGGCAUCGCACUGUUCAACCACUUGCUUGGGUGUCCACCAAGUGCCUGCUUCCACGAGAGAUCCUGCCAUGUCUUCAGUGACUCUGACCCCACCGACAUCCCCAGAGGAAGUUCAAACAGUUGAUGCUCAAUCUGCCCAGAAAUGGGUGAAGUUUUCUUCAGUCUCGGAUGGAUUUAUCUCUGACAGUACUAGCCAUCAUGGUGGUAAAAUACCUAGAAAACUCGCCAAUCAAGUGGUGGACAGGGUUUGGCAAGAAUGCAACAUGAACAGAGCACAGAACAAGAGGAAGUAUUCUGCUACAUCAAAUGGCUUGUGUGAUGAAGAGACAGCUGACAAGGUAGCAUCCUGGGAUUUUGUUGAAGCCACGCAGAGGACAAAUUGCAAUUGUUCAAGGCACAAAAAUCUCAAACCAAGAAAUUCAGGUCAACAGGGGCAGGCACCACCUGUGGGCCAACAACAGCAAGCAGCUCCAAAGCACAAGACAAAUGAGAAGCAAGACAAAGGGGAUAAGCCACAGAAACGCCCUUUGACUCCUUUUCAUCAUCGCGUAUCCAUCAGCGAUGAUGUUGCCAUGGAGGCAGAUUCAGCGAGUCAGAGGCUUGUGAUGACUGCACCAGACAGUCAAGUGAGAUUUUCAAAUAUCCGAACUAAUGAUGUAGCAAAGACUCCGCAGAUGCAUAAUGCUGAAAUGGCAAAUUCACCUCAGCCGCCACCACUGAGUCCUCACCCCUGUGAUGCCGUUGAUGAAGGGGUAGCUAAGGCUCCUUCCACUCCCCAGAGUCAACAUUUCUACCAGAUGCCAACACCAGACCCCUUGGUUCCCACAAAAACAAUGGAAGACAGACUCGAUGGCUUGUCUCAGCCCUUUCCAGCUCCAUUUCCUGAAGUCAUAGAGCCUACGAUGUACGUUGGUACCGCAGUGAACUUGGAGGAAGAUGAAGCUGAUACUACUUGGAAGUAUUAUAAAGUUCCAAAGAAAAAGGAUGUGGAAUUCUUACCACCCCAGCUUCCAAAUGAUAAGUUGAGAGAUGAUCCAGUAAUACCUGCUGGACAGGAAAACAUAACAUCAGUUACGGAAUUAAUGGUGCAAUGUAGGAAACCUUUGAAGGUUUCAGAUGAACUGGUGCAACAGUAUCAGAGUAAAAACCAAUACCUAGCGGCGGUAGCAACGGAAGCUGACCAGGAACCCGAAAUCGAUCCUUACGCCUUCGUUGAUGGUGAUGUGGAAUUCUUAUUUCCUGACAGUAAAAAAGACAGGCAGAACAUUGAGAGGGAAGUCGGGAAGAAACACAAGGCUGAGGAUGGGACAUCUAGUGUUACAGUGUUAUCCCAUGAAGGAGAGGAUGCUAUGUCUCUGUUUAGUCCUUCUGUCAAGCAAGAUGCCCAACGUAUUGCUGCCCACGCUCGCACUGCAUCGACUAGCCUGUUCCACGAAACAGACCUAGUGGUCUCUUACACUGACCUUGACAAUCUCUUCAAUUCUGAUGAAGAUGAGCUCACACCUGGAUCUAAAAGAACAGUGAAUGGCGCUGACGACAAAUCCAACUGCAAAGAGGCAAAAGCAGGAAACCUAGACCCACUGUCAUGCAUAAGCACUGCAGAUCUCCAUAAAAUGUAUCCAACUCCACCUUCAUUGGAACAACAUAUUAUGGGAUUUUCUCCAAUGAACAUGAAUAAUAAGGAAUAUGGCAGUAUGGACACUACACUUGGAGGAACAGUACUUGAAGGGAAUAGCUCUAGUGUGGGAGCUCAGUUCAGAAUUGAAGUAGAUGAGGGUUUCUGCAGCCCCAAACCUGCUGAAAUAAAGGAUUAUUCUUAUGUUUAUAAACCUGAGAAUUGUCAAGCUUUAGUGGGCUGUUCCAUGUUUGCACCACUGAAGACGCUUCCCAGCCAGUGUCUCCCUCCCAUCAAGCUCCCAGAAGAGUGCAUUUAUCGCCAGAGCUGGACUGUGGGGAAGCUGGAUUUACUUCCUCCAGGACCUGCCAUGCCAUUCAUCAAAGAUGGUGAUGGAAGCACUAUGGAUCAAGAGUACGGCCCUGCCUACACGCCGCAAACUCAUACUCCCUUUGGGAUGCCACCAAGCAGCGCGCCUCCCAGUAACGGCGGAGCUGGAAUUCUCCCUUCUCCUUCUACCCCUCGUUUCCCAACUCCUAGAACACCAAGGACUCCUCGAACACCUCGUGGAGCUGGUGGACCUGCAAGUGCACAGGGUUCGGUCAAAUACGAGAACUCUGAUUUAUACUCCCCAGCUUCCACGCCGUCGACGUGUCGACCGCUGAAUUCUGUUGAACCCGCAACCGUGCCUUCCAUCCCAGAGGCACACAGUCUGUACGUGAAUCUCAUCCUCUCCGAGUCUGUCAUGAACCUCUUCAAAGACUGUAACUUCGACAGCUGCUGCAUAUGCGUUUGCAAUAUGAACAUCAAAGGUGCUGAUGUUGGGGUUUACAUUCCUGAUCCAACACAAGAGGCCCAGUAUAGGUGUACCUGUGGUUUCAGUGCUGUUAUGAAUAGAAAAUUUGGCAACAGUUCCGGCCUGUUUCUUGAAGAUGAAUUGGAUAUUUUAGGACGUAACACAGAGUGUGGCAAAGAAGCAGAAAAACGCUUUGAAGCUCUCAGAGCUACUUCUAUUGAGCACGGCAGCGGAGGACUGAAAGAACCUGAGAAACUGCCCGAUGAGCUAAUACUGUUGCUGCAGGAUCAAUGCACCAACUUGUUCUCACCCUUUGGAGCAGCAGAUCAAGAUUCCAUUCCCAAAGUCGGUGCAGCGAGCAACCUGGUACGCGUGGAAGAAAGGGAUUGUUGCAAUGACUGCUACUUAGCCUUGGAACACGGACGGCAGUUCAUGGACAAUAUGUCAGGAGGAAAAGUUGAUGAAGCACUUGUGAAAACUACUUGCUUGCACCACUGGUCAAAACGAAACGUGGUGGACGUGAGCAUGCAGUGUUCCCAGGACAUCCUCCGAAUGCUGCUCUCGCUCCAGCCGGUUCUCCAGGACGCCAUUCAGAAGAAGCGGACGGUGCGGUCCUGGGGUGUGCAGGGCCCCCUCACCUGGCAGCAGUUCCACAAAAUGGCGGGCAGAGGCUCUUACGGAACUGAUGAGUCCCCGGAACCACUGCCAAUCCCAACGUUUUUGUUGGGAUACGAUUACGAUUUCCUGGUGCUGUCUCCGUUCGCGUUGCCGUACUGGGAAAGGCUGAUGUUGGAGCCUUAUGGAUCUCAGAGAGACGUGGCUUACGUCGUGGUGUGUCCGGAGAACGAGGCUCUGCUGAAUGGAGCAAAAAGCUUUUUUAGGGAUCUGACUGCCAUAUACGAGUCGUGCAGGCUCGGGCAGCACAGACCUAUCUGUAAAUUGUUGCCUGAUGGGAUCAUGAGAGUUGGACCUACUGCUUCAAAGAAACUUUCUGAGAAGCUGGUCACGGAGUGGUUCUCCCAGACAGCCAACGCCAACAACGAAGCGUUUUCCAAACUCAAACUCUAUGCCCAAGUUUGCAGAUAUGAGCUGGGUCCUUAUCUUGCUUCUCAGCCUUUGGACAAUUCUUUACUUUCCCAAACAAACCUGGUCCCUCCCUCCAGCCAGCCGGCCUCCGCUCUGCCCCCCGCCCCGGCCAACGCCGCCAACCCCAACACUCCGUCUGCUGCUCCUGCAGCUCCCACCAGCAGCACCAUGACGGCGACAUCCACCAGUGCCAUGUCCUCUGCAGCUACUACGGCUAAUUCCACCUUGACUACCACUGCCCCAUCCUCCUCUUCUGCCACUAUAGGCAGCGGGAUAGCCACGAGCAAGCCCUCCUCCUUCCCAGCUUUCAGCAGCAUGAACAAUACCACUUCUGCCUCCCUGCCCGCUCAGGCUGCCGCGGUGCAGAACGGGCAGGCGGGAGGGCAGCAGCCCCAGCCAGCACUGCAACCAGCAGGGAUGGCUGGAGACACUACUGCAGCACCUGCACAGCCCCAUCCAGAGGUUUCUGAAAGCACUAUGGAUCGUGAUAAAGUUGGAGUCCCUACAGAUGGAGAUUCACACGCUAUCACCUACCCGCCUGCAAUCGUCGUUUACAUAAUUGAUCCUUUUACCUAUGAAAAAAAGGAUGAGAACAGUAGCUCCUCUAGUCUGUGGACACUUGGACUUCUGCGCUGCUUUUUAGAGAUGGUUCAGGUUCUUCCUCCUAACAUCAAGAAUAUAAUUUCUGUGCAGAUUGUCCCGUGUCAGUACCUUCUGCAACCUGUGAAACAUGAAGACCGGCAGAUUUACACUCAGCAUUUAAAAUCUUUGGCAUUUUCAGCUUUUACUCAGUGUCGGAGACCUCUUCCAACUUCCACCAACGUGAAAACAUUAACUGGCUUUGGCCCAGGUUUAGCCAUGGAAACUGCUCUUAAGAGCCCUGACAGACCCGAGUGUAUUCGGCUCUACACCCCUCCUUUUAUACUGGCUCCUGUAAAGGACAAGCAAACAGAACUGGGAGAGACUUUUGGAGAAGCUGGUCAGAAGUACAACGUGCUUUUUGUGGGCUACUGUCUGUCUCAUGAUCAGAGGUGGCUGCUCGCGUCCUGUACGGAUCUCUACGGAGAACAGUUAGAAACUUGCAUAAUUAAUAUUGAUGUACCAAACAGAGCUCGGAGGAAAAAGGGCUCUGCCCGCAGGCUUGGUCUUCAGAAGCUCUGGGAGUGGUGCCUGGGGCUGGUGCAGAUGAGCUCUUUGCCGUGGAGAGUCGUAAUAGGCCGUUUGGGAAGAAUAGGACAUGGGGAAUUAAAAGACUGGAGCUGUUUGCUGAGUCGCCGAAACCUUCAGUCCCUCAGCAAGAGACUAAAGGACAUGUGCAGGAUGUGUGGCAUCUCGGCUGCAGACUCUCCCAGCAUCCUCAGUGCUUGUCUGGUGGCAAUGGAACCACAGGGCUCCUUCAUCAUCAUGCCAGAUUCUGUGUCGACCGGCUCUGUCUUUGGACGCAGCACCACUUUGAACAUGCAGACGUCGCAGCUGAACACCCCCCAGGACACAUCCUGCACCCACAUACUCGUGUUCCCCACCUCUGCAUCUGUGCAAGUAGCAUCGUCAACUUAUACCACUGAAAACUUGGAUCUGGCCUUUAACACAAACAAUGAUGGAGCAGAUGGAAUGGGAAUCUUUGACUUGUUAGACACUGGAGAUGAUCUUGAUCCUGAUAUUAUAAAUAUUCUUCCUGCAUCCCCUACUGGAUCCCCUGUACAUUCUCCAGGGUCCCACUACCCCCAUGGAGGUGAUAUGGGCAAGGGUCAAGGUACAGAUCGAUUGCUUUCAACAGAAUCUCACGAUGAAGUAACAAAUAUCCUGCAACAGCCACUGGCCCUCGGUUAUUUUGUGUCAACUGCCAAAGCAGGUCCAUUGCCUGACUGGUUUUGGUCAGCGUGUCCUCAAGCACAAAAUCAGUGUCCCUUGUUUCUUAAGGCCUCUUUGCACCUCCACGUGCCUUCAGUGCAAUCAGACGAGCUACUCCACAGUAAACACUCCCAUCCACUUGAUUCUAAUCAAACUUCUGAUGUGCUCAGGUUUGUUCUGGAACAGUACAAUGCACUCUCCUGGCUAACCUGUGAUCCUGCAACCCAGGACAGACGGUCGUGUCUCCCGAUUCAUUUUGUGGUGCUGAAUCAGUUGUAUAACUUUAUCAUGAAUAUGCUGUGAUCUUCAUCUGAAUUUUGCAAGACAAAAAAAAAAAAACAAAAACAAUGAGGAAAAGGGAUAUUUCACUGCAGGACUAAGUUAUAAUUCUUCUCAGUGCAAGUUGUUUGUGAUGGGGUAUGAAUCUUGUUACUUCCAGCAAAUAUUGUUUUGACUUGUGAGAGGGGCACCUGUUGCCCUCCUGUCUUGGAGUCAUCGACUAUGGGGGACGCUUUAGAAUGAUGAUCAGAAAGUGUAUUAUAACAUUUUUAGUAGCAAAAUUAACCAUUUUUCCCCAACCGCAGUAUUUGUGAAGAGUAAUGAGCCAUAGUACCCAGUCAUGGUUAAUGAAUAUUCAAAGCAUGGAGAUGAGAAGAAAACAUGAGGAACAAUAAGUUUCAACCUAUGGCUUCGGAACAUCAAGAUGUUCUUGUAUUGGAUUAUAGUACCUAGUAUUCAAAAAUGCCUGCAUCUCUUAUUUAUUGUAAGUUUUUAAAUGUAUAAAUUGUCUUAUAUUUCUUAACCUCUUUUAUAAAAAUUUUCCUAGAAGGUUUAUACUGCCUUCUUGCUUUAAAGCAAUUGGUCUAAAAUAUAUGUAAUCGUCUUAAUUAAAAGUUGCAGUAGGUUGCUUUUAGAGUAUUAUUUUUUUGUAAGGGGGUGGGUGGGGACAGUAAAUUUGUAUUGUCUUGAUGUACAGUUUAAUGGGGAUAGAGGGGUUAAUGUCCAUACCAUUGUGUGUGGGGGAUUUACAGCUAAGCUGUAGUUGCAGAGUACAUGUACAGUAAUGAAGUUCACUGUGUUUAUAUAAAUUGAAAAGGUACCGGGUCUUACAGCAUUUUAUAUCACACCUUUACAGAGUAACAAUGGCAAUAUAUUAAGUGAUAUUGUAGGUGGUUUAACUUGUAGUGAGAAUAAAACGAAUAAACUCUUCAAUUGAAGUUUGUGUUAUGGUUCAGGGCUGUGGCUAGAUUCUCAGAUCUCUUGCCAGUUCCAAGUUUGAAUAUUACAAGAAUAUCUACUGUGAGUUGGUGUUACCUGGAUAUUCUUGGCGCUGUGGUGACUGCGUUACUUUCUUCAACACUUGUGAUAAAACACAAAUCUGAGGCAUAAAACACAGAAAAAAAAACAAAACAAACCUCUGAUCUUAUCCAAAGUCUCCUGGAAGGCUGAAAUUUAGCCCAGCUCUAGCCAUUUUACAAAUGCAAAAAUAGUCAAUCUUGACUUUAAGAUUGGUGUGUGUUUAACUAAAAUGUGGUGUAUAUAGAUUCUCAGUGAAUUCUGGUAUUCAGAUUUUAUUCCACUAGUU